AUGAUUGGAGAUUUCCUCAUCUACACCACCCACCUGAACCACACCCCAGAGUAUCAUGGAUCUGUCAUUGUGAGAACGAAUGGAGCUGUCGUUCCCAUUGAGUGUCGUUAUUUUAGGAAGGGCAAUGUGAGCAGUGACCCCAUCAAGCCCACCUGGAUCCCAUUCAGCUCCACCAAGUCUGGAGAAGGGCAUCUGUCAUUCUCUCUGCGCCUAAUGAAUGCUGACUGGCUUACAGAGCACACUUCGACUGUCUACUACCUGGGUGAACUCAUUCACAUUGAGGCCUCUGUUUCAAUGACCAACCACAUGCCCCUGAAGCUCUACAUUGACCACUGUGUAGCUACAUUGAGUCUAGACAAGGACUCCACCCCGAGAUACAGCAUCAUUGACCACAAUGGUUGCCUCCUGGACAGCAAAGCUGAGGACUCCUUUUCAACCUUUGUGUUGCCAGGAGACGAGCGGGAGCUGGACAAGCUCCGGUUUGACCUGGAUGCGUUCCGUUUCCUUGGAGAUGACCGUUCCUUGAUUUUCAUUACCUGUCACCUGAAAGUUGCUCCAGUGGAUCAGAGGGAUUCCAGGACCAAAGCUUGUACUUUCCAGAAGGUGCACAAUGUCUGGACCCCAUUGGAGGAAUCGAGCAUUGACAUUUGUGCCUGUUGCCAUGUGGGUAACUGUGGUGCCACAAGGGAGUUGUGGUUUGGUUCCAGAGGAAGGAGAGAUCUUGUACCUGAAGCUGGUAGGACAUUGAUCCUCUAG